AUGAAGGUGAAAGUGAAAGUAGAGACCACCACCAUUCUCAAACCAACUUACGAACCCACAUCCCCUCCAUCAACCCACGUCCUCCCCCUCACCGUCUUCGACAAGGUCACCUACGACACCCACAUCGCCGUCAUCUACGCCUUCCGCCCGCCAACGCCGCCCAACGCCACCAUCAAGCUCGGCCUCCAGAAAACCCUAGCCGGGUACCGCGAGUUCGCAGGACGGCUAGGGCGUGACGAGAACGGAAACCCUAAGCUCAUCCUCCUCAACGACGAGGGUGUCAAGCUGGUUGAAGCCAGCACCGAUGCUCGGCUCGAUGAGGUGAUGCCCUUGACCCCAUCUCCGGCCGCGUGGAGCCUCCAUCCGGCGCUGAAGGACGUCGAGGAGCUGGUUCAGGUCCAGCUCACGAGGUUCGGAUGUGGCUCCCUCGUCGUCGGGUUCACCUCUCAUCAUUUGGUCGCCGACGGUCGUUCCACGAGCAAGUUCCUCGUUGCAUGGGGUAGGGCAACUCGAGGACUCGACGUCGGUCCUUUGCCCUACCGUGAACGUGCAAUCUUCGCACCACGGGAGCCUCCCGUGGUCGAGCACGACCACAGAGGAGCCGAGUACGAGACUCGUUGCAGAGACGAGAAUUUAAAAUUAGGUGUGUCCUCUUUUCAAAGUGACUAUCUGGUUGACGGUAUCGUCUUUCACAAAGUUCAUUUCACGCUCGAUUUCUUGUCCAAGUUGAAGUCGAGGUGCUGCACCGGCUCUUCGUCGACGAGCCGGUGCAGCACGUUCGUAUCCGUGGCAGCUCACCUCUGGAGGACCAUAACCAGGGCUCGGAACCUGGGCGGGUCCGACUCGACCCGGUUCCGGAUCUCGGUGGAUGGUCGGACUAGGAUGAUGGUCAACGAUUCUAGGGUUCCCGAUGAGUACUUUGGGAACUUGGUGUUAUGGGCUUUUCCUACAUCUCGAGUAGAGGACCUCCUGAAUGAACCGCUGUCCUACGCGGCGCAGCUGAUAAACGACGCCGUGGCGAGGGUCAAUGACGGCUACUUCAAGUCGUUCGUUGACUUCGCCAGCCACGUGGAUGUUGAGGAGGAAGGGCUGGUCCCCACGGCGGACGCGGAGAAAUCCGUGCUGUCCCCGGAUUUGGAGGUGCACAGCUGGCUGAGGUACCCGUUUUACGAUGUGGAUUUCGGCGGCGGGUGUCGUCCAUGCGUGUUCAUGCCGUCCUUCUUCCCGGCGGAAGGGGUGAUGUUUAUGCUGCCGUCGUUCGUCGGCGACGGGAGCGUCGAUGCGUUCGUGCCGCUUCUCCGGGACAAUUUGGACGCGUUUGAGAAGUCUGCUACGUGCUGGAUUAAUAAUAGAGAGGUCAAUUAUUAA